AUGAUAACGAUAAUAGCUGAGAUUCUUCUCGGCUUACGUGCAACUUUGCAUACAUCAUCUGCCAUCAACACUAGUGAAGCAGUGAAGCAACACAAACUUCUUGUAUUCACAACAAUAGGCCCAUAUUAUCAUGAAUCAAUCCCGUUCGGCAUUGCAGCCAUCAAAAAGCUAGGCCAUGAUAAUGAAUUCCUAGUGGAUGCAACAAAUGACUCUUCCUUGUUUACAAACAACAAUUUGAAACAAUAUUCUGCCAUUGUCUUUCUCACUACGACCGGUGAUGUGUUAAAUGAUCAAGAAAAGAAUGCUUUUGUUCGUUUCAUUCGAUCUGAUAAAGGCUUUGUUGGGAUUCAUUCGGCAGCCGAUACUGAAUAUGGUUGGUCAUGGUACAACAAGCUGCUCGGUGGACAUUUCAUGAGUCAUCCAAUUCAACAAAAUGCAACAUUAAAUGUUAUUGAUCGAAGAUUUAUUGUUACAAAACACUUUCCCAAGCAAUGGAGACGAUUCGAUGAAUGGCGCAGUUUUCAGGCAACACGUUAG